GCCAGCCAUCCUCCAAUUUGCGCUCAUCCGCUGUGGGGUUCACAUCUUAGAAAGUUGGGGGUUCUUCUCGUUUCCACAUCUUGUAAGGAAGGAGAUCCGCUCGUUUUUAUUCGUCUCCUUGGAGGAAGACCUUACACCGAUCCCAGGGCUGGAUUUUUAAAUCUCCAAAACUCCUCCGGGUUUUUCUUUUUCGAUUUGUCCUUUUUUCUUUUUUUUUUGUUCAGAGCGCCUAAAGGAGGAUACAAUGGGAGCCCAGUUGUCCAAGGGUGGAGUAGCUGUGGAGGGGAAAGCCGCCGCCGACCCUGCUGCUGCCAAAGCCAACGGCCAGGAGAACGGCCAUGUCAAAACCAACGGAGAUGUUUCAGCCAAGCCUGAUGGAGAAGUGGCUGCUGCAGAUGGAAAUGGAACCGCUGAGCCAGCCAAGGAAGGAGAAGCCAGCGGCGGGGAUGCCAUCGAGCCGGCUCCUGCUGCUGAGGGCGAGGCAGCCAAAGCGGAGGGCGAGGCUGCCAAAGAAGGCAAGAAGAAGAAGAAGUUUUCCCUGAAGAACUCCUUUAAGUUCAAGGGCAUCUCACUAAAGAAGAACAAGAAGGCAAGCGAAGAGGGCAAGGAGGAAGCCACCUCCCCUGCAACUGAGGAUAAGCCUGAGGAGAACGGCCACGCGGCUAAGGAAACCAAAGAGGAGACGCCGGCCGCUGAGGCCAAAGAGGAUGAGGCGGUAGCUGCUGCUGCUCCUGUAGCUGAGGGGGAAACCAAGGCAGCAGAGGAGGCGCCACCAACAGAGCCUGCCCCUGCUGAGGAGGCUGCCGCCGCCGCCCCUGCUGAGGACACAACACCUGCAGCCUCUGAGGGCGAGACCAAUGCUGAGUGACAGCACACGGCAACGGCACCUGAACUAAUUUUCCAAGAUUAAAGUAUAUAAAUAUAUAUAUGAGAGACAUGUGCCACGUUCUCAAAGUUAUAAACAAAACUACAAAAGAAGACAACAAAAGGAUAUAUCACAUUUGCUGAUUCCACCACCAGUUCACUGCCUUUUAUUAGUUCGACAGACGGAAUCUCACCGGGCCCUCUCAUGAUGACAGCGUUGGCUUGCGUCGCCCCCCCUCCCCCUCAUGGUACACACACAGGGACUGGCGUGUGGCGAAGGAUGGAUUGGACGUGGCGCGACUUAUUUUCCCAAUUCAUGGAAAAGCAUCUUUUUUUUUUUAACAGCGUGGCAGACCUAUAAUGUUUUUAUUUUCUUUCUGAUCUUUUUGGGAUCUAAAUUUUUCACAGUUGCAGAAAGGGGCAGACCAUCUCUUUCGCUCGAAAUGACUGUUAUAUGGACACAUAAAUCUUUCAAAUGAUCUUAUGAAUUUUUAGAUUUAACAUUCCUAUGCUUUACCCCCCCGAAUUUCAAGUAUUUUGUCAUGUAUAGAAAAGUGAAAAUCAAAGGAGGGGAGGUUGGAUAAGAGCAAUGUCUUUGUUCGUGCAUUUUGAUUCUUUUUCUGGCUAAAACCACAUUCAAGCUUUUCAAGUAUUGCAGUGUUCACAUUUCAGAGUUUAUAAUGCAGGGAUUGGGGUUGUGUACAAAAUGUGAGCUUUUUAUCUGCAAACUGUCAAUGUAAAUAUGUUUUGGCCAUUAUUUUUGGUUCUCUUUAUUUUGCUAUCGUUUGAAGAUGUUAAUGGUUUUAUUGUAACUUUUAAUAAGGGUAAAUAAAUGUUUGAUCCCCUCUGA